GUUUAAAUUAUACCAAAUUCUCUUUUAUACAUAUACUUAUAUACUUACACUUAUCUAAAUGGGAUUUCUAUCAAGCAAGAAGCGCUCUCGAGUAAAUUUGAAAGUAGAUGAAAGUAAAGAUAGUACCCAUUCUCGAUCCAGUUCACCUACGCCUUCUACUCGGUCUCUUUCACCCAAUCCAUCAAUGCACUACCGUACAACCCACACCUUGAUUGUUGGACAAAUUUAUAAUGAUAUUAUUCUUCAUGUGAGCCACUUUCCCGCCGAAGAUACAAAGCUGCGAGCAAGUUCUACCGAGCAAAGAAUCGGCGGAAAUUGUGUCAAUACGUGUCGUGUUCUUACUCAAUUUCCAAAAACUCAUGUUUGGUGCAUGUCGGCGAUUGGCAGCAAAGAGUCCUCGGCUGGGCUUCUUUCUGAACUGGAGUCAAAUGGAAUUAAGAUGACAACAUGUCUGUACCGUCAGUCAAGUAUGCCAUCAUCCUACAUCAUCCACAAUGAGGCAUCAGGAUCAAGAACUAUUAUUUCGUGCAACAAUACGCUUGAAAUCACGUUGGAUGAAUUUAUACGCAAGAUUGAGAUGACUAGCCUCACAAAAUCGAUUCAAUUCGAUUUUAACGCGGCACCAUUUACAUGGGUCCACUUUGAAGGCAGAAAUAUCAGUGAGGCCCUUUUGCAGAUUCGAUGGUUGGAGACAAAAGGUCAAAAAGAAAAUUGGCGUUCAAAGAUGACAAUAUCAGUUGAGCUUGAAAAGCCUGACCGGCAAGACAUUGAUCUGCUCAUGUCAAAUGGUGAUGUUGUAUUUUUCUCAAAGAUAUUUGCGCAAGCAAGAGGCUUCAAUAAUGCAAACGAUUUUCUCGAAGCCGUGAAACCAGACUGCAAACCAGAGUCAACUCUAUUCUGUACUUGGGGUGAAUAUGGUGCUGCCUGCCUAGAAGGAAAAACAGGUCAUGUUGAGCAGGUUAAGGCUAUUAAAGCGGACAGCGUGGUGGACUCGGUUGGUGCAGGAGAUACUUUUAUUGCCAGUGUCAUAUAUUGUCUUGGUCAGGGAUUAUCAGCCACAAUUGCUCUGAGAGUUGCUUGCGAAACUGCCACUCAAAAAGUAUCCCAACUAGGAUUUGAUAAUCUUGGUGGUCGUAUUGAUCCAUUAUACCUCGAUAAAAUCAAUGUAAUCAAACCAAAGGCAUCGAACGAUGGACGUUGGCUAAGCGCAGAUAGUUACAGAGUUCUUUAAUAUAAGUUUAUUGGUAUUACAAUAUCGUAAAUGCCUGUAAAAAUAAUAAUUUAAUAUG